CUGCUCCACACUCCAGGCGGCGGUAAUGCAGCAAAUCCCUGGUGACCAACCGCCAAGAAACAUCAAAGAAGAAGAAGAAGAAGAAGAAGAAGAAGAACCACCUGUGGAAAAUGUCGAGACUCGAGAAUGUGAAAGUCUUCGUCUCCCAGCGGCUAACUGCGGCUGUCGAGGAGAUCAUCGGGCACCUGGAGGUAACGAUAACCGAGUUUGAAAAGGAGAUGGAGUUCCGCCACCGUAAGAUGCUGGAUACGGUUUUAAAACCUGAAGACAAGCUGCAGACAGAAGUGUUUUCUGAAGAAGGCCAGCAUCAGUUGGUGAUAAAAGAAGAGUGGCAGGAGUGGAGCCCCAGCCUGGACCCGGAGCCCCCACGUAUUAAAGAGGAACAGGAGGGUUUCUGGAGCAGCCAGGAGGGCAGGAGCCAGCUGCAAGGACUGCAGGAGGAGGAUACAGAGUUCCCAUCCACUACUUUUAUUGUGAAGAGUGUAGAUGAUAAAGAGAAAGCUCAGUUCUCACAGCUUCAUCAAAGACACAGUGAGGACAGAGAGGCAGAGCCUCAGCCCAGCAGCUCAGCUGAGCAGAUGAAAACAGAAGCUGCUGGAGAAGACUGUGGAGCACCAGAACCACACAAGGUCUCAGUGUCUGGGUUUACAUGUCUAUCUGGAGCUGAUGACAAGAUUCCACACUCUCCUGAAGCUGUGACUAAAGACAGUGGGGAAGAUUCGAAGGAGGCCAGGAAACCUCCGACAGAUUUAAAUACUAUGAACAAUAAAGUUAGUGUAAGUGAUUUGGGACGUUAUACUGGAGUUAAAUCUUUUAGCUGCUCAAAAUGUGGCAAAAGAUUUGGCCAGAAACACCAUCUCCACACACACAUGAGAUGCCAUACUGGAGAGAAACCCUUUAGCUGUUCUCUUUGUGGUAAAAGAUUUACUCAGAAAGGAAACCUGACACAACACUUGACCGUGCACACGAGGGAGAAACCAUGCAGCUGUCCUGUUUGUGGUGAAAGAUUUGCACAAAAAGGAAACCUGACACAACACAUGACCGUCCACACGAGGGAGAAACUUGUUGGUGAGAGAUGGACAAAAGGCUUCUGAGAAGGCAGAUGUGCAUUUAGGACAAACGAUUCAGUAAACAGUCGCAUUAAAAGUCCAAAGUGAUGGCAGCAGCAGAUGAAGGCAGCACGCUGUUGGUUGAGGUCUUCAACAUUAGUGAGUAGGCGCAGGCGGUACUACGGUACACCAGGGUAUCGGUGGGAGAGAGCGUGUGUGACUGUUGCUGUGACGAGCAGGAAGUACGUUACUAUGUGAGUCCACACAGCCUGUGUGUCAGACUGCAGCGCCACUCAAUCAGCUGUGUCUAGCAACAUUUCCAGGUUGCCAUGGUGAUGGAGACUCCUCAAUCAGACAGUUAAUCUCAUAGAAAGCAAGUUGAGGUGCACCACUUCAGGUCAAAAACAUGAGUGCAAUAGCCAGACAUGAUUAUCACCAGAGAGAAAAGACUGUCGUUUAUUAUGUUUGUGGUAUCAAAUAUGUGAUGUUUGUAUUUGUUGGUGAAUAAAUGCUUCAACUCCUCAAGACCCAAUCCAA